CAGACGCGUAAUUCCUGAAUUACCCGUCAUCCACCGAACGCUUUUCUGAGGCCGCUUCAAAUGAACAGCUAUCGACCACAAUACACCAGUCGCAGAGGCGGCUGGCGUGAUCGCGAGAGUCGCGAUGGCCGAAACGACAACGGUGGUGCCUACCGCGGCUACCAAAAUGUCCCGCCGCCGCCUUCGUUCGCCCCCCCUCCUCCACCACCUGGUACUGAUAGUUGGCGUCAUGGCUCCUAUGACCGCCGUGAGUCUCGAAUGCGAUCUCCACCACGGUAUAACGAUAGUGCGCGCCGUGGCCCUCAGGACUUCCGCGAGCCCCGACCGCCGCAAGGCGACUUUUCGUUUCGCAUGGAGAAACCCGCCGGUGUAGGCGAGACGGGCGCUGGAGACUCGUACCGUCCUGGACAAGAUCAGGGCAGGCGACACGGUAUCAGCCGUGGCCGCCACCCGGGUGCGAGGCGUGGACGCGGUGGCUAUUUCCGAAUUAUCCCUGCCGAACGAGAGUUGUUAAGCAGUCGGGAUCUUCGCGUGCGAGAAGACCUUUGUGCCUCUGGUGAAAACGGCGUGACAUACCGCGACCCCGAGGACCUUUCCGAUGACGAGGAAGCCGACAUGGAAAUCUCGGACCAGUCGGGAGACGAGGCGGGCCAGCCUUCUGCGAAGCGCGCCCGGAGCGCUGCCGACCAGGGCGCGUCGGGCGACAGUGUGCCCAAGUGGUCCAACCCCGACGCGGAAACGGCGCUGCCACCGCCCGAAGAGGGGCCCCGGAAAAAGAAGAACGUGGUGCAGCUGAUCCGAAAAGCGCGCAUUGAGGACAACUCGGCCGCGAAGCUUGCCGCCACCACGGAGGCGGAGGAUUUCAUUUCGUUCGAUAUGGACGGCGAUGAUGACGCUGCGGGUGCCAUCGAAGGCGGUGGUGGUUCCGGACCGACGCCUGGCCCUGCACCACCUGCAGGCAACCGUGGAAGGAACAGUGCCAACAUUUCUCGGGAUGCUCCUGCCGCACCUCCAACUACGAACUUGCUCCAAGACCUGCGCAACAACAUUCGCGCCUCUGACCCUCUAGGUUCUCGCAAGCGCACCAUCGAUGACGAAAUCAAACCUCCUGCCUACGGCCCAUUGAAGAAAAUGAGCAAAAUGCCUGUGAAAGGUCACAUUGUUUCGGAGUGGUUGCCCAUUCCCGACGAGGAUUCUUGCCCUUGGAUAGUUGCUGACCAUUCUGCCGAUUCGGAGAUGAGUGUCUGGCUGCACAAGGAGAUCGUCGAUUUCUAUGACUACGUCAGACCUCGUGUCUUUGAACAGCGCAUGCGGAGUGAGCUUGUGGAACGGAUACGGGCGGCGCUCCGUAAUAACGUUAAGUACAACGGCUGUCAAGUGUUUCCCUUCGGUUCGUUCAUGUCGGGUCUUUACCUUCCCAACGCCGACAUGGACAUCGUGGUCUGCUCCAAGAACUGGCUCCAGCGCCGGCCAACUGCGUUUCCCACUCCAUCGUCUCUCCACAGGUUCCGUAGCUUCCUCACUUCGAACAAAUUGGCCGAUGGCUCGUCGACGGAGGUUAUUGGCCGCGCACGUGUACCCUUGGUCAAGUAUAUCGAUACAGUUACCGGUCUGCGUGUGGACAUGUCCUUCGAUCGCAUGGAUGGACCUUCGGCCGUCAAGACGUUCCUAAAGUGGAAAGAACAAUAUCCCGCCUUGCCCAUUUUGGUGACGAUUAUCAAGCACUUUCUUAUGAUGCGUGGCUUGCAUGAGCCGGUAAAUGGUGGCAUUGGCAGCUUCUCCGUCAGCUGCUUGGUUAUGAGCAUGUUGCAACUGAUGCCGCAGGUGCAGAGCCGCAGCCUCGUCCCGGAACACCACCUCGGGGAGAUGCUCAUGGAGUUUUUCGAUCUGUACGGCAACCGAUUUGAUUACAAGAAUGCGGCGAUUCGCAUUAAUCCACCCGGCUACGUUCGUAAGUCGUCCAACAAGCACAACCUCACGUACAAGAACACGGACCGACUGUCCAUUAUCGAUCCAAAUAAUUCGUCCAACGACGUCGCCGGCGGGUCCAGCAACAUCGAGGCGGUCGUGUACGAGUUCCGUCUCGCCCAUGCCAUGAUCAAAGAGCGGAUGGCCGACAUAGCCCAGGGCAGGGUGAAGAACAGCAAGGCGAGCAUCUUGGAGUCGAUUCUCGCCGGAAACUACCGGUCUUUCCGGCUUCAGAGGGCACAUCUACGCCGCCUGCACGAGAAAUACAUUGGACCUUGCGAGGAUUGAGAGCAGCAGUUCCCUCGGGACGACUCCGUACAAUUACGACGUGACCGGCGCGGCAUAUUGGCCAAUUCGGCAUCCCGGCACACGAACACGAACAUAGAACAUCUACGCAUGAUGAACGAAGAGAGAAGCGGCCAACGGAUCAGAGGUUCAUGAGACAAUUCGGAGUUUUCGGAUUUGUUUUGACGUUUACUGCCCAUCUUGAGGCCGACACGAAUUGGCAUGUUUAGGGGAACGGCAGGCUUAGACAUGUGGAACGGCGUCGUUGGGGGAGG